AUGGCCACUCAAUUCAAUACUCCUCCCAAAAGUCUAGCUAAGCUGCGGCCUUUUAAUUUUCGUGUGCCCGAAAAGGAGUUAGUUGAAUUUCAAGAUCUUCUAAAGCUAUCGAAGAUUGGUACUCCAACCUGGUGGAAUCAACAAAAUGAUCCCCAACUCGGAGUAUCUCGCGAGUGGUUGACCAAGGCGAAAGAAACAUGGCUCACAGCAUUCGAUUGGCGCAAGCAUGAGGAAUCUAUUAACAGAUUUCCAAAUUUCAAGAUCGCCAUCCAAGAUCCAGAGAUAGGCGAGAUCGAUAUUCAUUUCGCUGCACUUUUUUCAGCCAAAGAUGAUGCUAUUCCUAUCAUUUUCAUGCAUGGGUUUCCUUCCGCCUUCACGGACUUUUUGCCAAUGAUGGAUGUUCUGGCCAACAAGUACACACCUGAAACUUUGCCAUAUCAUGUCAUUGUGCCAUCUUUGCCCGACUAUGGACUUUCCGGUACUCGUAGUCAAGACAUAGAGAUGACCUUGGAACGAUCCGCACGCAUCAUGAACCAGCUUAUGGUUGAUCUUGGGUUUGAAGAUGGUUAUGUUGCUCAGGGAGGUGACCUUGGGAGCCUGAUUGCUCGUAUUAUGUCUGCUCAGUACGAAGAGUGCAGGGCCUUUCACCUCAAUAUGCUCAUUCUAGACCCAGGAGAGACAACUCCCUCUUACGAUGUUCUCAGCCCAGAAGAAAUACAGAUUCUCAAGCGAUCAGAAACGUGGCAGGCGACAGGCUUGGCAUAUGCUCUAGAACAUGGUACUCGGCCCUCUACUGCUGGACUGGCUAUAUCGUCUAGCCCGCUUGCAUUGCUAGCUUGGAUUGGCGAGAAACUGAUAGAAUGGACUGAUCCACGACAACCUCUAUCUCUAGAUCAUAUCCUCGGACUUGUCAGCUUCUAUUGGUUUACUGAUACGUUUGCUCGGAGUUUGUAUCACGCAACGGCUUAUCAGCGUUUUCUUGCAGAUGCUCCUCCUUCAAUCUCCAAGGAGAAGCCUCUUGGAUACUCGCUUUUCAAAUAUGACCUUGUUAUACUCCCUCAAGCUUGGGCUCGGGAGAUUUAUCCUAAUCUGACUUUCUUCAAUAGUCAUGCCAACGGUGGUCAUUUUGCCAGCUUAGAGCAAACGGAAGAACUACUAGAGGAUGUUGAGAUUUUUGUCAAGAAAGUUAGCGAUCUGUUCAAGAGACAGUAG